AUGUGGAAUUGUGCCGUUGUUGAAUGUGCCGUGAACCACAUCCCAACCUACUCACCCCAUUAUGGAAUCUCGCGCGGAUGCUCACCAUCAUCCUCAUCCGGCUCAUGUUACAGUGUCGCUGCUAGCCCACCGGCUCACAAUGGAAACAACAUUGAUAACAAGAUUGAGCAAGCAAUGGAUCUGGUCAAAACCCAUUUGAUGUUCGCCGUUCGUGAAGAGGUCGACGGGCUGCGUAGCAAAAUUUUCGAUCUGGAAAAUCACGUUAGACGAUUAGAAGCUGAGAAUUCGAUAUUGAAGAGGACAAUUCCAAACGAUACGCUUAACAAACUCCAUCUCAAACUAUGA